AUGUUCGCCGUUUCAUUUUGGGGUUACGAUGUCGGCAAAAAGAUAGUUACUUCAUUUACUGGUAAAGAAGUAUCUAACUUCUCUAUUGCUAAUAUUUCCACGGCUGGUUUCAUUUCUGCUGUUCCAACAACCUUGGUCGCUGCCCCUUUUGAAAGAAUCAAGGUCAUGAUGCAAAUUCAAGACGGAUCCAAAACGACUUCGAUGGGAUCAGUCAUCAAGGAAAUGUACAAAACAGGUGGUCUCAGAUCCAUUUUCAAGGGUUCUGCUGCAACAUUAGCUAGAGAUGGUCCUGGAUCUGCAUUAUAUUUUGCUACCUACGAAUACCUCAAGCGUAAAUUAUCCACCCCGGAUACUGAUUUAUCUUUAUUUGCUAUCACCAUGGCUGGUGGUUGUGCUGGUGUUUCCAUGUGGCUCGGUGUUUUCCCAAUUGAUACCAUCAAAUCCACCCAGCAAUCAUCAAAUACUAAUAUUUCGAUUGUUAAAACUACACAAAACAUCUACAAGAGAGGCGGUAUUAAAGCAUUCUUCCCAGGAGUUGGUCCUGCAUUAGCAAGAUCUUUCCCAGCUAAUGCUGCUACCUUCUUGGGUGUUGAGUUGGCUAGAAACUUCUUCGAUAAACUCGCUUAG